CUUGAAAGUUGAAAUUUGAAAACAAAGCGUCAGUGCAGUUUGUUCAGCGCACGUACUGUGCGACGAACGGCAGGGUUACAUCUUAAUCGGAUAUUAUCAAUUGCUUUUGCCGGUUGCCGCCUUGCUGGAAUUCUUCGUUUUGCCGUUCGCCUGCUGCCCGCUGACUGGCUGAGAGUGCUUGGCUCACGAAACGAACAGACCCAACCGUAACUAGCCAUUAUGUCUGGGUCAGUGAGAUUACUAUGUAUUCGCAAGCCUCUGCAGCGGUCAUGGCAUUACCGGCUUUCAAGUUCUUCAGCAACAGCACCUCCUACUCCUGGCAUACCAUACUCUAAACUUAGUGUAGGUAUACCUAAGGAAAUCUGGGAAAAUGAGAAAAGAGUGGCUGUAGUACCAGCAGUAGUUAGCAAAUUAGUUAAGAAGGGCUUCAGUGUUAAUAUUGAAGAAAAUGCUGGAGCAUUAGCUAAUUUUCCAAAUAAAACUUAUGAAGAAGCAGGAGCAAAAGUUACUAGCUUAAAGGACACAUUCCAAUCUGAUAUAAUUCUAAAAGUUCGCCCACUAAUAGACCAUGAAGUACAAAGUGUUAGACCUGAAGGGACACUUAUAUCAUUUCUAUAUCCUGCCCAAAAUCAAGAAUUGAUAAAGAAGCUGGCUGACAAAAAUGUCAAUGCAUUUGCAAUGGACUGUGUCCCUCGUAUAAGUCGCGCCCAAGCAUUCGACGCGCUCAGCUCCAUGGCAAAUGUAGCAGGAUACCGUGCAGUGAUUGAAGCUGCAGCCCAUUUCCCUCGAUUCUUUUCUGGUCAGAUGACGGCUGCAGGCCGUGUGCCGCCCUGCCGCGUGCUGGUGGUGGGCGGCGGCGUGGCGGGUCUGGCCGCCGCCGCGCAAGCUCGCUGCAUGGGCGCCGCCGUCAGGGCCUUCGACACCCGCCCGGCUGUGCGUGAGCAGAUCGAGAGUCUUGGGGCGCAGUUCAUCACAAUGGACAUGAAGGAGGAAGGUGCUGGCGCAGGUGGAUAUGCGAAGGAGAUGAGUCAAGAGUUCCUCGACGCUGAGAGGGCCCUCCUCGGUAAGGAGGCUAGAACAUCUGACGUAGUUAUCACUACUGCGCUUAUUCCUGGAAAACCAGCGCCAGUCCUGAUUCUCGAGGAUGCCGUCCGUGACAUGGCUCCUGGCAGUGUCAUAGUAGACUUGGCAGCAGAGAUGGGUGGCAAUGUUCAGACGACGAAGAAAGGCCAGAUCUCCAAGAUACACGGGGUGACACACAUCGGCCUGACAGACAUGCCCAGCCGCAUGCCUGCGCACGCCUCCACGCUGUAUGCUAACAACAUCUCCGGGUUCCUGUUCAGCUUGGGUACAAACGACCACUUCCACAUCAACUUGGAGGACGAAGUGACCCGCGGAGCUAUAGUGCUGAAGGCUGGAGAGUUGCUGUGGCCGGCCCCGCCCCCACCCAGCAUGGCGGCCGUGCAAGCGUCCUCGCCCACACCCAGCGCGGUCGCUAAACCAGAACCACCUAAUCCAUUCAACGAGACCUUGAAAGAUGCCUUCUUGUACUCCACAGGAUUGGCUGGUUUGAUUGGUCUGGGAAUAGCGGCGCCUAAUCCUGCUUUCACGACUAUGACUACAACACUUGCACUAUCAGGUGUGGUGGGCUACCACACAGUAUGGGGCGUGGUGCCAGCCUUGCACUCUCCCCUGAUGUCGGUGACCAACGCCGUGUCGGGCAUCACUGCCGUCGGGGGCCUGCUCCUCAUGGGCGGCGGGUACUUGCCCGAGACACCAGUACAGUGGUUGGCGAGCACAGCGGCGCUUAUAUCGUUUGUCAACGUGUUCGGCGGUUUCCUCGUCACGCAGCGCAUGUUGGACAUGUUCAAAAGGCCAACUGAUCCUCCAGAAUAUGGAUACCUGUAUGGAAUCCCGGCUGCAGCUCUUCUCGGCGGAUACAUAACUGCUGCCAUGCAGGGUUACCCUGAAGUUCACCAGAUUGCUUACCUCGCAUCAUCAUUGUGCUGUGUUGGAGCACUUGCAGGACUUAGCUCCCAAACCACCGCUCGCAAAGGAAAUUACCUUGGAAUGAUCGGUGUAUCAGGAGGUAUUGCCGCCACAUUGGGCAUGCUCACACCAAGCCACCCAGUGUUGGCCCAAAUGUUGGGAGUCGCUGGUAUUGGCGGUCUUAUUGGCAGCACUAUUGCCAAGAAAAUUGAAAUCACUGACCUCCCGCAACUUGUAGCUGGUUUCCACAGUCUUGUCGGCAUGGCGGCAGUAUUAACGUGCUUGGCCACGUACAUGCACGACUUCCCCGCGAUGGCGAUGGACCCCACCGCCGCUACGCUGAAGACAUCUCUGUUCCUUGGCACAUACAUCGGAGGCAUCACAUUCACCGGAUCUCUGGUGGCAUACGGCAAGCUGCAAGGCUCGCUGUCGUCGGCGCCGCUAAUGCUGCCGGGGCGGCACGCCAUCAACGCGGGGCUGCUGGCGGGGUCGCUGGGCUGCGGCGGCGCGCUGCUGGCCUUCCCCGACGUGCCCGGCCUGCCGCUGCUGUCCGCCGCCGCCGUGCUCAGCGGCAUACAGGGACUCACUCUCACCGCUGCCAUCGGAGGUGCGGACAUGCCCGUGGUGAUCACAGUAUUGAACAGCUACUCCGGCUGGGCGCUGUGCGCUGAAGGGUUCAUGCUGAACAACUCUUUGAUGACCAUUGUUGGUGCCCUUAUCGGCAGCUCUGGUGCUAUCCUUUCAUACAUCAUGUGCAAGGCUAUGAACAGGUCUCUGCCUAACGUAAUCCUGGGAGGAUACGGAGUGACGAGCAGUGGUUCGGCGCGCCCCGCCGGCGCCACGCACACAGAGGUCACUGUCGACUCGGCCGCCGAGCUCAUCCACCGCGCCUCCAACAUUAUUAUCACUCCUGGUUACGGUCUCUGUGUUGCUAAAGCGCAAUACCCUAUCGCGGAACUGGUAGAUAUUCUAAAGGGAAUCGGAAAGAAAGUUCGUUUCGCCAUCCACCCUGUUGCAGGUCGUAUGCCGGGACAGUUGAACGUACUGCUCGCCGAAGCUGGUGUUCCCUAUGAUGACGUGUUUGAAAUGGAGGAAAUAAACGACGAUUUCCCAGAAACUGAUCUCGUAUUAGUAAUUGGUGCCAACGACACCGUGAACAGCGCUGCAGAGACCGACCCUCAGUCUCCCAUCGCUGGCAUGCCUGUACUUAAAGUCUGGAAAGCGAAUCAGGUGGUAGUAAUGAAGCGAUCGAUGGGUGUCGGUUACGCCGCCGUAGACAAUCCCAUCUUCUACAACAACAACACCGCCAUGUUGCUCGGAGACGCCAAGAAGACUUGUGAUGCGCUACUCGACCGCAUCAAACAUCUCACCGCUUAAGUAAGAUAGUGAUAAUUGUAUGUACCAAAUACCUACUUGUUAUUUGGGUAUGACUGUAGUUGCAGUCUAACAAAAUAUCAUAUAGGUAAUCCAAUUUAAUUUCGCCGAGUACUAGUCUUAUAUUAAUAAAUCAGGUUGUUUUUGCUAUAGAAGUCAGAGAAGAUGUUUUAAAUUGAUGUUUAGAUGCACAGUUCAUCGUUGAGUGUGUGACUCACCCAUCUAUAUGAUUGUCAAUUACAACUUUUGAUAUGUUCUUGUUAACCUUUGAUGAAACGUAAAUAUUUUGUUGUAUAGAAUUUAUUCUCAGCGUUUACCAGCAUAUUUGCGCAUGUACUUUUGAUGAAAUAGGUAAUAAAUUUAGGACAUUUCGAUCAUUGACAUAUUUUGUAAGGGACAGUAACAUCACAUUUUCAUUGACCAACACAUGGUUUCUGUCGGAGCAAACAAUUUUGUUAUCGUGGGCAAAUUACAGACCGAAGUUAUUUUCGUAACAUUAACCUAACGUAUUUGCCAAUUCUAGUUGGGGAAUUGAUGUGCGAAUGUUAUCGUAUACAUUUUUUUAUGUAAAAAAUGUAUGACGAUAGAAUAAGAAGAGUAUUCGAAUGUAGAUGCUUCGUAAGAAAACGUGUGAUGGUUUAAAUGCCACCCAACAAAAUAUCACUUUCAUUGCUCAUUAAUUAAGACUGUCAGUUUUGACGCCAUAUUUUUUUUAUAAUGUGGGCUAUUGUGCAUUACAAUAGUCUUAUUUUUUUUAAAUUUUAAGUCUGUCAUGCUUUUAUGUUUUUUAUGCUAAUGCAAAUUAUAUAAAUCUUUAUCCAAAAUGGUGCCUAAAAUAUCCAAUGUGUUCUUCGUAAUCGAGUGUCAUAACUUUUUAUUGUACUUUGCUACUUUUGGGACUGAAUAGAAAUAAUAAUAAAACAAAGCGAUGUGGCCAAAAUAACGCUUUUCCUAAUAUUAAGAACCAUAUGUGCCUUUAAUUUGCAACAAUUUGAGUAUCUCUUAACAGCUAGUCUAUAAGAUAUUAUUAUUGAAAUUAUUAAAUAAGAUUUUAAUGGAUUUUUAUGUAUAGUAUCUCCAAAUUAAAUUUUGUAUACAUAAAAUUAUAUUCAAAUGUAGUUCAUAUUUGUAUUAUACUAUGUUAAACAUUUGAGAUUUUUAUAUACCUCUGUAUUUUUUUUAUUAUUUUAACUACACAUUGUGGAUUGAGUAUAUCCUAAAUGACUGGAAUGCAUUUAAACAAGAGCAUGCACCUCCCUUCACAUUCCACCAAUAAACAUGUAUGCAUCACACAACAAUGUCAGUGGAGGUUUUUAUAAAUAAUAAUUAUAAUUGUCAUUGUAGAUAUUUUUGUAAUUUAAGAGAAACAGUGAGUAUACCAGUUGUAAUAAUAGUUGUAUGUCAACACUGUUCUAUGUUAUAUGAACAACAUCAUUCCAACAAUAUUAUUACGUUAUUUCAUAUGUAAGUACUUACUUAGUUUAUGACGCUAGAACAUUGAGCUUUUUCAUGGGCCUACUUGAGGGCUCAAUUUUUAUCAAAAAUAUGAUUGUAUUUGUUAUAAUGAAAUGUUAACAUUUAAUAUCCAUGGAAUGUUUUGAUAAAUUUAUGAAUUAAUUGUGCCUUUUGAAAAUAAAGAAUGACUUAAACAAAUAA